AUGAAGAUCCAGUUUGCCCCUACCAACCUGCCCUUAAGCAGAAGACUGCAGACAGCCUCCGUUCUACAGUGGGUCUUCUCCUUUCUGGGCCUAGGUGAGUGUCUGUCUGCCACUGUUCUGUGCUGUCUAUGUGUGUCUGUGUGUGCUGUGCAGCCGUGUUAGCUAGCCUUUCUUCCUCCUUACUUAACAAGUGGGGAGAUUUGUGUCCCGUUCUGUUUGCUUAACGGGUUGCUCGGUGUGGAGAAGUUUAAAUGGAAUUCUAUGAGAGUUUCCACUUGCGAGGCAGGCUCACUGCUGGCUGACUUCCAUGUGCCAAUGGAGUUGUGCCUGAAACAGAGAAAGGAACAUGCAUACAGUAAUACAUGCAUACAGAAGAAACUCACGUAUCUAACUCUUAAGUAACUCUUACAUAACAUGUGUUGGACAGUGGAGAGACUCCAAGUGUGUCGCAAUAGAUUUGUCCAUUAGGCCUUCCACACUUUUUAUUCUCCCAGAGAUGGAUUGGAUACUGUGCAUCAGUGGUACCUAGAGGACAAGAGGAAACACACUUCCUGGUGUUAGCUUUUUAUGACCACAUGACCUGACAAGGAAAAACUCUGGGUCCUAGUUAUUGGUCAAUCUGUUCAGGUCACGUGGUCAGGAAAAACUAAUGGCUUGAGUUGUAGUACACUUCUCAGUUUGCUUAGGUCUCUUUCUCUACCUCUUUCUCUCUCUCUCUAUCCCUGUCCCUCUCCUGCUCACUGCUGCUCAGUAUGUCAGCAGGUUAAGAGAUGCAACCUAAUAGUGCUGUGUGUGUGUGUGUGUGUGUGUGUGUGUGUGUGUGUGUGUGUGUGUGUGUGUGUGUGUGUGUGUGUGUGUGUGUGUGUGUGUGUGUGUGUGUGUGUGUGUGUGUGUGUGUGUGUGUGUGUGUGUGUGUGUGUGUGUGUGUGUGUGUGUGUGUGUGUGUGUGUGUGUGUGUGUGUGUGUGUGUGUGUGUGUGUGUGUGUGUGUGUGUGUGUGUGCCAGUGUGCCAGUGUGCCAUCUCCCGAGUGGCGCAGUGGUCUAAGGUUGUGCUAGCUGUGCCACUAGAGAUCCUGGUUCGAAUCCAGGCUCUGUCAUAGCCGGCCGCGACCGGAGACCUAUGGGGCGGCGCACAAUUGGCCAAGCGUCGUCCAGGGUAGGGAGGGAAUGGCCGGCAGGGAUGUAGUUCAGUUGGUAGAGCAUGGCGUUUGCAACGGCAGGGUUGUGGGUUCGAUUCCCACGGGGGGCCAGUAUGAAAAAAUUAUAAUGUAUGCACUCACUAACUGUAAGUCGCUCUGGAUAAGAGCGUCUGCUAAAUGACUAAAAUGUAAAUGUAUUGGUUGUCUUCCUCCAGCUCCAAGCUGCAUCAUGCUGUUCUUUGUGUUGAUGUUCACUCGGUUCUGGCUGAUCAGCGUGCUGUACGCCUGCUGGUGGUUCGUCGACUGGGAAACACCGUCUAAGGGAGGCAACAGGGUUCACUUCCUGUCCAACCUACGUGUCUGGGACUACAUGAGGGACUACUUCCCUGUAAAG